CGAAUAAACAAUCGGAAAAAAAGUUUCAUCAAUUUUCGUGUAAAAAAACGUGUAAAAUCCCGUCGAAAAGCCCGGAAAACCCUCAAUGAGUGUCAAUUGUCGCUGCCGCACGUAAAAUCACACAAAAAUCCCGCGAAAAAUGAGCACUCUCGUGAAUCCCAUGGAAAUCUCGAGUCUCGAGCAGCAAUUGGAAAAGGCGAAGAGCAACUUGAAAGGUCUCAAUUCCGAAAUUCGUCGCAUUGUUGGGCGUCCCCUUGACGACGAACAGCAACGCAACGAUCGCCGACGCGCUUUUGGGCAAUUUAACGAAGCCGGCGGGCGUCGAUUUGCCGAUGCCGCAUCCGGUGGCCCGCAACAAAACAAAAAAUCUGCUUUUAGUCGUCUUAGUGAUCCGCCAGCUGCGAAGCGAAGUCGUUACAACGACGAUGAAGACGAAAUUAAGCCACGUGUCAGUUCUCGGGUCAUCAAGGAGCAGCCGACACGUGAUGAUAUUGUUGCAGCGCAGGGCGGUGAUGAGCAAACCAAGGCUCGCCAUCGACGGAUAUUUGGGUCGUUGCUCGGCACGUUGCAGAAAUUCUGCCAGGAAGAGUCCCGUUUGAAGGGCAAGGAAGAAAAAAAGGCACAAAUUGAGAAAAAGCUCGAGGAACAGCAGAAAAAGGAACGCGAAGUGCUGCGCAAGGAAAAGCAAAGUCUCUUCAGUGACCGGAAACGGAAACAACUCGAAAUCCGGGCGAUGGAGAUAAAAAUGCUCAAAAUGAAGGACCUGGCGGCGUGGGAGGCAACCAAGAGACCCUUGGGAAAUUUCAUUCGCACCAAAGCGAAGCAACAUUUGUAUUACUUGCCGAAAGUUUUGGACAAAAAGAGUCAGGAACGUCUGAAACGCUCGAAGGAAGACAUCGAUCGCAUGAUCGAAAAGAAGCGGAAACAAGUGGAGGAGGAAAUUGCAGCGAUUGAACAGCGAUUCGCAGCCGAUAUUAAAGUUCUCGAAAAGAAUGGCAACGAUGGGGACAAGGAUCACGCGGAAAAUGACGAUCACGAGUUCGACGAAUACGAAACGGAAGUCAGUUUUGUCGAUCACAACAACUCCAGUGUCGCCUUCGAAGUCGACUACGACGGUGAGGAGCCACAACAGCAAGACAAUCCCGCACCAAAAGAGCAGCAAGAACAGAUUGUCAUCAAGAAGGAACGCACCGACGAACACACUGACUGACUUUUGACGACGACGAUGCCGCUAAGGAGCCACCAAUGCGUUACUGGAAGCCAGUAUCCAGUAUGACUUUAAUUUAUAUAAAACAAUUUAUAAAAUAGACCGUUUUUUGGAAUAGAUUUAAGAAGAUGGAUCGACAACGAGAGACGAUCCAACAGUCAAAAAAUUAAAUAAAAAUAAAAUGUAAGAAAAUGACAUUG